CGAACCGCAACUCAACAACUUGAGCAGCAGAUCUGCGCUGCCGCUGCUAACUCGAGCACGUCACCAUGCAAAAUGACUCCGAAGUUCGAUGGUCAGGAAAUCUUCUGCGACUCUAAGAAGAUGGACCCAAUUUCGUGGUUCCGGAAGUUCGAGCUCAAGUUACAGCUCCACCACACCAGCGAAGAAAAGAAACACACGUAUCUGUACUCCCGAUCGGGGGGUGCGUGCCAAGCAUUGUUGGACAAUCUCUUGUCCAAGUACAGGGUGGUGGCUGCCGACUUGUAUACCAAGAUCAGCUGGGAUGAUCUGAAGGCGACGUGGCAUGAGCGGUUCCAAAUAGAGCCGCUGGACAAAUUGUUGACUUUCCAACAACGCACGCUGCCAAGCGGCGAUUGGAUUGUCGAGUCUCAACGCUUGGCGUCAACGUUGGAAGUACCGAUGGGCUUUACGGCCAUCAAACACCACUUCAUUACGAGGUCGUGUCCGACACUAUCCAACGCAUGGACUCACGUUGUGGAGACUCUCACUAUAACAGUGGAGCUCUUCGACAAGGGGGCGCAGAUUAUUGUCAUGAACACGGAGGCCAAGAACCUUCCUUGUUCAUCUGCGGCAGACCCGAUAAGAGAACAGCAUCGGCUGAAGGAGGCCGUGGUCACGGCGGCAACGCUAACCGACUGGUCUCUUCCUCGUAUUGACGAUCUCCUUGAGCGAUUGGGCGGCGCGAAGUACUUUUUCAAGUUGGAUUUGAAGUCGGGCUAUCAUCAAAUUUUGAUACGCCCGAAUGACCGCUAUAAAUCCGCGUUCAAGAUGCGUUACAAACAUUUUGAGUGGGUGGUCGUGCCUUUUGGCCUCACCAAUGCCCCAAUGACCUUUCAGGCGGCAAUGACCAAUGAGUUCCAUGCGAUGUUGGACCGGUUCGUGCUGGUCUACUUAGACGACAUCCUCGUCUAUAGCCGGACCUUGGAGGAUCAUCUUGAGCACCUUCGACGAGUGUUGGAGACACUCCGCCGUGCCAAGUACAAAGCCACCCCAUUGUCGAACAAGAUUCAAGCCAUCAAAGAGUGGCCGGAGUCGCGGAACAUCACGGAUGUCUGUUCAUUUCUUGACCUUGCCGGCUACUACCAACGUUUUAUCAAGGGAUACUUGAAGAUCAUGGCCCACUUAACCAAGCUUCAAUGCGAGGAUCGACCGUUCGACUUUGGUGAGGAUGCGCGAGAAUCAUUCUUGGCCCUCAAAACCGCGUUACUAUCCGCGGAGGUCUUACGCAUUUACAACCCGCUAUUGCUAAUGCGCGUCACUACUGAUGCGUCCGACUAUGGCAUUGGUGCCGUCCUCGAACAACGCCAUGGCAUGGACUGACACCCAGUCGAGUACUUCAGCAAGAAAGUGCUCGUCGUGCACUCAAUCGAUGAUGUACGAAAGGAGGAGCUCCUAACCUUCGUCCACGCGCUCAAGCGGUGACGACACUUCCUCCUUGGUCGAAGUCAAUUCUGAUGGGUGAUGGACAACAAUCCGUUGGUCUUUUACAAGACCCAAGACACGG